UCUCAUUCGUCGUCGUCUUCCUCUUCAACUACCGAGAAAGAAAACAAACACCAAAAAUAGUUAAAAAACUCUUUCUUCUUUUGUCAAGUUUCUCAGACCAAAAAAAAAAAAAGUUUCUCGGACCAAACCAUGCAUAGAUCCAAAACCCAAUCUAGAAACCCGUCCUUCUCCUCCACUCUCCUCGACGAAAUCUACAACUCCAUCGAUCCCAAAACCCACAAAACCCAACCUUUUCAAAGCUCUGUCAACACCACCACCACCACCACAAAAAAACAGAGCAUCAGCGUAGCCAGAGGGAGAGAUCGGUUGUUCGGCUCUAUGUCGUCUUCCUCCGACUCAAACUCCAGCAUCUUCUCAGCUUCCGACACCGAACUGACUCACCCUAAGAAGAUAACAACGUCUUCGAGGCCGUUGUGUUUCGGUCCUUCCAAGACAAAACCGAGAAAAACAGAGGAUAAUAACAAAGCUCUGUUUCGCCAAAACAGAGCAACCCGUGUUGUUUCCGACGACUACGACGACGUUCCCAAGAUCACGAGGUACGACGAGGAUUGGGAGAGUGCUAGAACCAGAAGAUCCAAAAAGAGCUCGAGCGAUCUAAAGAAGCCGAAAACUCCAGCUUCGCCUGGUGUGCGUAUCGUUAACUUCAUCAACUCUCUGUUCAGCAACAACGGUUCUUCGAAACAAUCUUCCUCGGCGGUUAAGAGCUUUCCGAGGAAGAUGAGAUGUGACGUUAUUACUAAACCGACUGAUUAUCAUUAUCAUUAUCAUCCGUCUACGACUUGUUCUACGACUUCUUCCUUCUCCAGGUCUUGUCUGAACAAAAGCUCCGAGAGACAACCAUCUUCUGACCGUAUCAAACGAAGCGUUAGGUUUUCUCCGGUCAAUGUGAUCGUCACCGCGGAAGAAGAUGAUUAUCUCAGCAACGGUUACAUAAGGAAGUCUGUGAAGAAGAAUGUGGAAGAUGGAGGGAGGAGGUCAGUGGAGGAGAUUGCUAGAGAGUUUCUGAGAGAUUAUCACAAGAACCAUGAGAACAGUUUGGUCAAGAAUAAUGUUUUCGAGGAUUAUGGAGAUGAAGAUGAUGAUGAUGAUGAUGUGGCAAGUGAUUCGAGUUCGGAUUUGUUUGAGCUGGAUUUAGCUGGGAGUCACCAUCAUCAUAACCUGUAUGGAGACGAACUUCCUGUGUAUGAAACCACUUUUGCUGGUCUGAUCUUGUGAAGCCUUUUUUCUUUAUUUUGUUACUUUUCUUUAGGCUUUGUUUUUUAAUGUUUUAAGAUCAUGUGAUUCUUCACAUGUGUUUGGUUUUGUAACUAUAUGUUGGGUUUAAAAUUUAUGUUUGUAAAAA